AUUGAUUUGGGCCUGGUUGUGGCCUCUAGAAGAGAUGUCCCUCAUGUCGGAAACAAAAUAAAGACCAAAAGUUGUGGCUCAGCCACCGUCACCGCAGGCUAAUGGCUGGGCUACCAGCAGUGCGUUUUCUUAGCAGCAGCAGGCACUCGUACAGGCCAACAACGUCGACCAUAGCUUCACUGCUAGCUCACCUCUCAAACUCCCCCAUUUCCACUUCUACAAAACCUUCCCUCUUCUUUCCUCCUCCUCUUUGUCACUCCACAAAACCCAUCUCCUCCAAAAUCCCAGCACCAAAAACUCACCUCACUUCCAGAGAGAACACCCUGGUUUUCAAGCGGGACGAGAGGUUGGCAGACGGGGGUUCUGGAUCUUUGAAUGGGAACGAGCUCACUCAGAGUGCCAGCACGAUAGCCGCCAUAGUGACAUCCAUCGGGGGUCCGCCUGGUGCUGUUGGGAUUGUCCGAUUAUCGGGACCCUCUGCGGUGGGUAUAGUCGGGCUUGUUUUCCGUCCCGCCGGGAAGAAGAAGAAGAAGAACUGUAGCUCCUAUUCUUGGCGACCCACCAGCCAUGUUGUGGAGUACGGCGUCGUUGUGGAUCCCAAUGGCGAUGUGGUGGACGAGGUUUUAGCAAUACCCAUGUUGGCCCCAAGAUCUUACACUCGGGAAGAUGUAGUUGAGCUUCAAUGUCAUGGGAGUGAAGUAUGUCUGAACCGUGUUCUGAGGGCUUGUUUAGAUGCUGGAGCAAAGCUUGCUGAACCUGGCGAGUUUACUCUCCGUGCCUUUUUAAAUGGGCGCUUGGACCUCUCACAAGCUGAAAACGUUGGAAAAUUGAUUUCAGCAAAGUCUGUAGCCGCUGCAGAUGCAGCACUGGCUGGCAUUCAGGGAGGAUUCUCUUCCUUGGUAAAAUCACUAAGAAUGCAGUGCAUUGAGCUGCUUACUGAAAUUGAAGCCCGCUUAGAUUUUGACGAUGAGAUGCCACCGCUUGAUUUGGGUCUAAUAAUGAAUAAAAUAGAUUCCAUGGCACAAGAUGUUGAGCAUGCAUUGGAGACAGCCAAUUAUGACAAACUUCUGCAAUCUGGAUUGCAGAUAGCAAUUGUUGGCCGUCCUAAUGUUGGAAAGUCAAGUCUGCUUAAUGCAUGGAGCAAAAGUGAGAGAGCAAUAGUUACAGAAAUUGCUGGAACUACUCGCGAUGUGGUUGAAGCCAGUGUUACAGUUAAUGGUAUUCCUGUAACCCUUCUUGAUACUGCAGGCAUCAGGGAAACUGAUGACAUUGUGGAGAAGAUUGGUGUAGAGAGGUCCGAAACAGUUGCUAUGGCAGCUGAUGUCAUUAUUAUGACUGUAAGUGCUCUUGAUGGAUGGACAACAGAAGAUUCCCUACUCUUAAAUAGGAUUCAAUCUAACAAGAAACUGACUGGAUCUUCCACCCCAAUGAUCCUAGUAAUAAACAAAAUCGACUGUGUCAAAUCUGCCUGCAUGGAAGAGGUUCAUAAAUAUGGAAAUGCUUUCAGUAAGCAUGUUUUAACAUGUGCUGUCACUGGCCAAGGAAUAAAAGAGUUGGAGAUGACAAUAUCAGAGAUUGUGGGUCUCAACAGGGUUCCUAAAGGGGGACGCAGAUGGACGGUGAACCAGAGACAAUGUGAGCAGCUUGUUCGAACCAAGGAGGCUUUUACAAGCUUGAAGUCAUCAAUCGCAGAGCAAAUACCUUUAGACUUUUGGACAAUUGACCUAAGGGAUGCUGCAUUGGCCCUUGGGCAGAUAAGUGGAGAAGACAUUUCUGAGGAAGUUCUAUCCAACAUAUUUGGCAAAUUUUGUAUUGGUAAAUGAACAAUUUUGUAGCAUCUUGACAUAAUGUAAAUUAUCCAAUAUUUUCCCCUUUUUUUUUUUUUAAAAAAAAAAAAAUUAUUUGGUAGGAAAGAAAAUGCUUGUAUUUGUUUUUGUUUUGCUUUACACGAGUUUGGUGUCGAAGUCCAUAUUCAAGUUUACAGAAUUUAUUUGAUUCUAAAAGUUUGUUAUGAUUGAAUAUUGUCA